CCGGUUCCUGCCAGCCCCACGAUCGGGGGCCUCUGGGGGUCCCCAGGUGGGGCUGUCCUGUGCCCCUUCCUCUCCGAGCUGAGUAUAAAGCCCUAGGCUCCCCUCUACCUGCUCCCCGGCCAUGUUGCUUUCCAGUCUCAGCCCCUCGGCCUCAGGCAGCGGGCGGUCUCCGCACCGCCGAUGGAGCUGGGCUCCCGGGGGCCUUGGGCGGUGGGAUGCGCCGGCCGAGGUGCCCCGGAGUGUGGCUUCGGCUCCGGGCACCAGCCUCCACUUCUACGUGCUCUGGUCGCUGCAGGAGCCGGCCCGGCAGCUCAGCAGCAAAUCCAGCCGGAUGUGUUACCAGAUUCAGCUGCCUCUGCCUUUGCCAAAACAACUUGUAAUCUUUGGCUUGGGUGACUGGAAUCGUUAUUCCCAAAACACAAGCAUCACUGUGGAGGUGCUGGUGAAUCCAGAUGUCAAGCCACAAAGGAUUGGCAAAUUGGGGUCUGAUGUGAGGUCUCUUGUGUGGGAAGGUGACUGGAGAGUGGAUGUUCUGAUGGCUUCAUUGAAACAAAUGGACUGUGGCAACCCUGUUAAACUUCUACUGACUGUCAAUGGGGAGCUGCUCAAGGGCAUCUACAACAGCACCCCCACUCGUCCGUUUCUGGCACCGGAGCUCACCCAAUCACCAGUCCUCCCGGAAGAUACCAUGUCCCCCAUCCAGGUCUUGGACGAUACCACUGAGAAGCCACAGGCAGCCGAUUCUGCUGUGACUUCUGUUGGACAGGUUAAAGGUCAGAGUUUGGAGGCAACUGCCAGAGCACAAAGGACCAGAAGUAAGGAUUUAUCUCCACCACCAAAAAAGCUGUUGAUGCCCCUUACCCCAGAGUCACCCACUGGCCAGAAGGCACCCAAGGAGGCCAGGAGGAAAAUCCGCAAGCCUAGUCCUCUCCAGCUAAAGCAGCCUAGGAAAGUCUUGUUUGAGCACAGGGCAUGUGAAGGGGAGCAGGAUGCUGAAGAUUUGGAGGUGAAGGAGCUGCAAGUCUGUCCAAGCCCACGAUGGUGUCAUGCCAUGUGCCUCAGUGACCCAGAAACAGCCAUUUUGAUUGGUGGAGAGGGAGCCAAUCAACAGCCUUGCAAGGAUUCUCUCUGGAAAUUAGAGAUUGACAAUGAUUUCUGGUUCCCCAUGGAUCUGCCAUCACUGGGUUCUGUGCCGCCCUGCUCACGUGGUCACACCGCCACCUACGACCUGGACACCAAACGCAUCUAUGUCUUUGGGGGCAUGAAGGAGGGCAAGCCCUACAGCACUAUCCACAUCCUGGACACAUCCACCUGGAAGUGGCUUCUUGUGGCCGCCAAGGGGAAGGUGCCGACACUGGCCUACCACAGCGCCACCAUCUACCACAAGGAGCUUUUUAUCUUUGGAGGGACUUUCCCCAAGAUGGCAUCCCUGGAGUCCAGAGCCUGCAGCAACACACUGUACGUCUUCAACCCUGAGUACAAGAUUUGGUACCAGCCCAUUGUGGAGGGAGAGAAGCCCUUACCUCGGCUCGGCCAUUCAGCCACUCUGCUGAAGAACAAGCUGGUGAUCUUUGGGGGUCAGAGGACCCCUUUGUACCUGAAUGAUGUGCACAUCCUGGAUCUGGGUUACAUGGAGUAUGUGCCGGUCCCGUUUCUUUCAGGACAGCCUUCUUCACGCUGCUUCCAUGCUGCAAUGCCAGUGUCUGACCAGAAGGUCCUGAUCAGUGGAGGCUGCAAUGCCAAGGGAGCCCUGCAGGAUGUAUUCACCUUUCACCUUGAUACUUUUGCAUGGAGCACAGUGACACACAGUCACCUCUCCUUAGUGCCUCGGGCUGGCCACACACUGCUCAACCUCACCUCUGCCCACCUGACAGAUCUGGACAAGGAGAGCCAGAGCAAGCGCAACCUGUGCACCGUACUGGUUUUUGGCGGCUCAGACUGUGCUGGGACCUUCUACAAUAGCACAAGCAAGAUCCAGCUGGACCUAGAGGAGACCAAGCCCAAGAGAGCAGGGGUUCUGUAUCAUGGUAAAUAGAGACACAUGGAUAGACAGUGGGUGGCAAUAAAUGAAUCAAAGCAAAGCGGCGAACCAAGUCUCUGCAUGUAGGUGAAAUCUGCUCCACAUUUGGAAUGUCUCCUUGAAACCUGUGGUGACUUCUUGCCUAUGUUGGGGCCCAUGGACAUGGAGCCUGAGGACUGGGCACAAAUCCCCAGCCUCACACUUGCAUGGUGCCUAUGCUUUGACACCUAAUUACCCUGGGAAGCCUGAGCUAAAUCUGCAGUGUCCCGUUAGAGGAAUUACCCCCAAGGCUUUGGGCAGAACUAGUCUCUUGCUUUCCUCUCUUGCUGUAUAUCACUUCUCUUCCCUGACCCAAAUCCCAGCUUCUGUUGGGCGGAAAU